AUGUUUUCUCCCUCCAUGAACGAGGGCGGGCCAGCCACUGCUACGCGAAGCAGAAGAAGACAGCGACCUGCCAGCCAUGAGAGUGUCACACAUCAACCCAAGGCGAAACGCCAACGCGUUCCCUUGACCGAGCAGACCUUCGUCAAUCCUGAGGUGUCCGCGUCUACGGGCCCCGAGAUGUACGAGGUCAAGUCCGACAAAGUUGCGACACUCGACGUGCGACAAGACGGCAUCGAGAACCAGAACCCCAUCACGCCCACCCCGAGGAAAGAACUCAGCGUGCGCUCGAAAAAGCCCAAGGGAGGAGACAGGCCAACCAAGGGCGAUGGAAGCGUCAUUCUGACGACGAACAACGCUUACACCGUGAGCAAACUGCCUGCGCUGCCAGACCGUAUCCGUGCAGAUGCUUCAGCUCAACAACACGGCGACAUCUUCUCGAACCGCUAUGCCCUCAGUCUUAGCCAUACUCACGCGAUUGUUUGGCCGUACACGGACCCCUCUCAAUCCCCCGAGACAUUCACCUUUACCCUUCCGUAUCCCUCGAAACAUUCUUCAGAGCCUCUUCCGCUAGGUUGCUUAGUGUCGCCAUCAGCUUCGUCGACCGAACCCGGUCUGGUUGUUGUCAUGCCGGUCAGUGGUAAGAUAGCAUACUGGGAAUCCAUCACGAGCGCCGCGACCUUGGACUUCAUCCGCCAGCAGCGACAUGGCGUGGAGGGCUCAAUAUCGGGCAUGUUCUCCGGUGAGAAGGUUAUUCAAAUCACCAACGCCGAAUCCGCCGGCUUCGUCCUGGCCUUUAGCAGCGGCCGACUGGCCUACAUGAGCGUCCGAGAUGGCCACGGCAGACCCACGAUUUCCGUCCAGUUCCUCCGCACGAGCUUAGGGUCUACGGCUGGUGGUAUAUUCGGCAGCAUUCGCCAUGCUCUGACACAAACUUCAGGACGUGGAGACAUCGCCGCUGUUCGAGCGGAGCGCACUUCUCGGGUCGGCGAACGAAACGUCGUCGCAGCUACCCUUAAGGGCAGGCUCCACGCCUGGAAGAUUCAUCGCGGAGGACACCACGAGACCAUAGUGGAGGCAGACAUGCAAGAAGAAAUCGUCGAGGCCAUCCGUCAAGUUGACCCUUUGGCAGCGACCGACUUCCACCCCGAGACCUUCGAAGUUGUUGACUUCGCCUUCGUGCCCAAAGGCUUGGAAGAUAAGUACCGAGAUAUGAGCAGGCUCAGCGACGCCAUGGUCUCAACCGACGUCAACUUGCAACAUCUACUGUUGCUCGUCAGCCUCAGCAAGAAGAGAGAAUCGCAUUACUCUCUGGUCGAAGUUAUUCUGUCGCCGACCUCCGCACAAAUCGGCAUGGUCCGUCCGAUCUCCUCGUACAAGACGCGCUUCAGCCCCACGAAUCCAGUACAAUCUUCUCGGCCUCGUCUGCAUCUUCCUCGACCGGCCCUCGUGGCAUUUCUCAUAUUCGAUAAAGCCGUUGUUUUGGCAUCUAUUGGUGUUCCUCCAGAUUCGCCAGAUGUUCAACUCCAGGAGGAUAACCAUAUCAUUCCUCCGACUUAUGAGGAUGUGAUUAACUUUUCUGACAAUAAUCAGUCCGAGAUUUUCGGCUCGGGAUUCGAAGAGCCGCAGGCAGCUAACAGCAGCCAUGACGAGUCCAGAACUCGUCAAAAGACGAAGAACCCUGCAGUCAUUUUGAUGGUACGUGGCACGGGCAUUGUACGACUUACAACGACAGACAUCGAUAGAUUUGGCAGUGACAGGCCCCCGAAAGUCACGCCAAAGAGCAAGCUUGAACAGGCCGUCUUCUUUGGCAAUAAGCAAGACACCCCUCUGAUUUUCGACGUUAGAAAAGGUGUUCAGUUCUCAGACAGGGAAAUGGCAGAAGCCGCACUGGAGCUUAGCCAAGAGAUCAUGAGCUCCUCGACAACGCACAUCUCACUGCCGGCAUCUUUGGAAGACAAUCUCAGCACCCGUUGUCUUGCUCUUGAACGGUUGAUGCUACAUCUCAAGACAACCAAGGUCAACCUGGACCGGCGUACCCGGUGGCUGUUGCUUUCCCAUGCCGAGAAGAUGAUGGUUUCGACGGUUCUCUGGAAACGCCAUGAGGCCUUUACCAAUGAACGACCUGCCAAUAACAAGAAGGAUCUGAUUGCGGAGAUCGUCGAGUUCAUCCACCAAGAUGAGAAGACCAACCCUAAUCGGAGUGCGGGAGAGGUCGACCGUGUGAGGCACUGGUUCAUUCAUGAUGUUGGCAGGCUCGAGAUCUUCAUUGCCUGGGCCUACGAAGUGAUCAAGUACAUUUACAAGGACCAUAUCAUGGACGAUGUUCACAUCACUCGUCUCAUGUACGAGGCUCAACAGGUGAACCUUGUCGCUCUCAUGACGGCUCUGGAAUACCGGCAAAAGAGGCUUGCAUUCUACGGACUAGAGGAUGAGGAGCUUGAUUUCGGCAUUGUACGCGAGAACUACGAAGAUCUCCCCGAGCCCUGGACCGGGUGCCACUACAUCGGCAACAAUCUGAAGCGUCUCCUUGAGCUUUGCCACACAUGGCUCGACCAAUACUAUACUCCGAAUGAAAAGACAAAGGACAAAUCGAAACAGCCGGACCCCGUACUUCUCGAGAAGAUCAAUUCGGAGGUCUCCAACCUCACCGACCUGUACCUUGUAUCUCUUCUCGAGGCGUCUCGCUGGAACGCUGCACAGCAGGAUGCGAAGGCCCAGAAAUGGUCGGACCAUCUCGCAAAGCUCUACGAUGCGGACCGCAACGACAAGGUUCUUGCCCUUCUCCGCCUAGGCAAAUGGGACGAGAGCAUUAUCAUUGCCGAGAAACACCGAUGCUGGAAGGCACUGGCACUGGCCAUGAUCGAACAGAUCAACAGCCUCAGGAGCGAAGCGACAGUGUCAAGAUCGCAAGCCGAUGCUCGCGAACUCACCAAAAAGGCCGAAGCCAAGGAGAAGCGGAUUGGCGAAUACUUUGACAAGUAUGGCGAGGCAUUUGCCUUCCCCACAUACGAAAUUCUGCUGGACAAUGCCGGCGUCCAAGCCGUUCUGGGUUUCCAAUACGACAACCACGGAUUCAGGACAAAGUUCCUCCGACAAAAGCCUGAGCUGGCCAAGAUUUCCUGGAUCAACGACAUCCAAGGCGAGGACGACAUGGACCACGCAGCAGAGACGCUUCUUGACCUUGGUCUCACCCGAGAGCAGCAGGUUUGGAACAAGAAGAUUGAGCUCAGCCUCGGAAAGCUGUCACUCAUGGCCGAUUCGCAAACGCCUCCCUCCUCCGAUCUCUUCGGGUUCAAGCCCGCUAAGACUGAGACCGAGGGACUCUCUGAGUCUGAGGAUAAGAUUGAAGCCAUCGACAGCCAGCUGGGCCUCAUCAGAAUUCAAGAUGAGCUUUAUGCUCAGGUCUUUCCAUCUGUCCAAACGGCUGUGGACGAAGGCGCAGAGCUGCAACUGGCCAUGGAAAACCACUGCCUGUACAUCCCGAAGAAGCAGAAGGCACUGGUUCAGCUCUUCGAGAACAGCAUGAGACGGCUCCUCAGACAUGAGGCUCUUGAUGUCAUGUCUCUUAUCGACCUGCUCACGCUCAUCAGCCUCUCGCCCGAAACCGCUGCUGAUAUUGCCGAUCCUUUUUAUCUUGCUCUAGUCGCAGCCUCGUACGCCCUCCAGGGUGAGGAAUUGAAGAUGGCCAAGCGCCUCAUCUGGAGACGCUGUUUCAUUCGUGACGACUGGAUCAAGCUUAACGACACCCAGUUAAAGGAUGACUCUAUCGUUGAGGAAAAACUGGCCCGCACCACGCUCUUCAGCGCCUUGAUCUCCUGUUACCAGUACCAGACACUUGACAAUCCGUUCCAGCCGCCCCGGCCAGCAGACAUGCUGGGCGCUUACGUCAUCGACCUCGACAGCCGCUUUACCUCCAUGGAGAAGUCCUACAGGGACAAGCUCCUGGAUGCGAUGAAGUGGGAGGACUCAGUCCUGCACAAGUACAUCGAUAAGGCGCGUCUCGAGGAGUGGGCUCGUACGGCGGCCGAGAUGGCCGAGGCCACUGUCGCGCAGUCAGUGGACGAGGUGACGAGGGCCGCCGCGGAGGAGGCGUCGGAUGAGCACACGAACGGAAAGGCGAAUGGCGUGUACUAG